AUGGCUGAGAACUCUUCAUGGAGUUUUGAUGAGGCUGAUUUAUCAGCAUGUUUCGAUGAUACAAUGAAUGGCAUCGGAGUGGGCGUCAACUCGAUGUUUAAUAUGCGUGAUGCACUAUCAGCUUUACCACUGUGCAAGGAGGAAAGUAAAAUUUCAGACGAUUCUAAAUAUGGAAAUCAAUCAAAGUUCACAAUGUUUACCGGCAAUUCAGCACAGACCGUCGCUGAUAUGUUUGCAUCCAUCACUGAUGCUGAUACAAGCCCACAAUUAUUUGGUAAUAUUUUAGUGGCUCCAACAUCAUCAGUUACUCGACUCGGUGAAGCAUCUUUAACUUACCUUAAUCAAGGACAGACAUAUGAACUGAAAUUGAAUUUAAAAACCCCAGAAAUCACAUAUAUCAAGACGUAUAUUCGAGUUACAUUUCAUGACAAGCAGAUGGAAAUGAAAGAACGUGAAUAUUGGAAUGGAUGGCGACAGAUACAUCCCGGUGAAAAUCUUCUGGAUAUAGAUUAUGAUAAAUCGAGUGAUUAUGAAGAGUUAGAUAUGGAGAAAUUAUCAUCCGAUGUGAUAUUAUGCAUUUGGAAAUAUCCCACUUGUAGUAUUGGUUUACGAUUCAAUUGUGUUAGUACAGAAUUCACUGCUAAGAAACACGGUGGAGAGAAAGGAAUUCCUUUUAGAUUUCAGGUAGAUCAUUUUGAUUAUGAUACUAAUCAACACUUGGAAUCAUUUGGCUGUCAAAUUAAAGUAUUUAAAAUGAAAGGAGCUGAUCGUAAGCAUAGAACUGAUCGAGAGAGAAUUGGACGUAAAUCGAAUGAUGAUCAAACAAUUUAUAAACCUUCAGUGCCUGUUACAAAAUUGUCAUUUUUGCCGACAAAACAAGUGAAACUGUAUUAUCAUCCUAAUCAUCAUCAUUAUCCGUGUCGAUCGAUUUCCGAUAAAGAAUUACACUGCAAUUCUUCUUCUUCUUCUAUAACAGAUAAUAAUAAAUUAACCGAUAAAGUGUUGAACACUUCACUUACUACACUGACGACAACAACUUCAAAUUGUUCAGCAAAACUAUUUAAAGCAGAUAUAAAUGAUCGAGAAGUGAUUGAGAAUUCAAUGUCAAAGAAGCUGAUUAUAAAGGACAACUUUUCACUAAAAGAUGUUGAUAAUGCAACUGACCAUUUCGUCACAUUACCCGAUUCCGUAGAAACACCGACAUCAAACAUUCAAACAUUCUCUGAAUUUGUUACACCGACAUAUCCUUAUCAACAGGGUACAGCAUAUCCAACACUACGUAAUUUAUCUCCUGGUAUGUCACCAUCUCCAUUGUCCAAUAGACAUUUAACAGGGCCUUCUACACAACCUGGUCUCCAAAGACGUAGACGUCCCCGAGUAGGCGAUUGUUGUGUUGGAGCUUGUUCAUCAUGUGGACGUAGUUGUCGAAGUGCUUCACGAUGGGUACGAAGUAAUAAGAAUAGAAUAAUGUCUACAAACUGGGAUAAUUCUGUGAAUCGGGUGAAACAAGCAACGCUUAUUUCUGAACGACGAAGAGCUGUACAUGGUUGUGAAGCGGCUAGUGGCCAUUUGCCUGAAGCACAAAAGUCGAAAGUAAUUCAUGUGAAAAUUCCUUUCCAUUCAAGUAACUCAAAGGUCGGCAUGAAUACUUCAAAAGUAGUCGUAUGCAAUCUAAGCACAUCUGGUGAAUCCUCUAGUCUCGGCAAUGAGGAAUUCAGUAAAUGGACAAUUAUCGACAAAUAUGACGAUAAGUCUAGUUCACCAUCGAUUAUCGUGUCAGAUUAUCCGAUAAAUUCAAUUCAAACAGAUGGUGAUCCUCUGCUAGGCAUGUCUAGUGCUACACCGGCUAGUUGUGAUACUACUCAUAGUAAUACUGCUACUCCUGCUACUACUACAGGCUAUUGUAGUAAUGAGUUGCAUGCAUCAUCAGAUGAAGCAUCGUUAACCACUGAUGGAGUUUUAGAAGAGAUUAGAUAUUGUCCUGAGGAUAAUGAUAAUCAUCCUGUUGUUGAUGGGGAUAAUGAUAGCGCUGAUGCGGAUGCUGAUGCUGCUUCGACUAGAGAUGCUGGUGGUACGAAUGUUGGCAAUGCUGCUGCUACUGUUGCUGUCGCUGGUGGUGAAGAUGAAUCAUUGAGAUAUGCAGAGUUAUGCUUGAUUAAAUCAAAUUCUAUGCUUGAUCAUGCAGAUACGUCACAUCGUGGAUCGAUUAUCUCCUUGACAUCAAAUGACCAUCAUCAACAACGACACGGAGAAGAAGGAGUGAGGACAGCAUCAACAGCUGGUAUAUUGAAUGAGUCAUCUUCAUCGGGAGUAUGUUCAACAGAUAAUACAAUGAGUUGUAGAAGUAGUAGUAGCAAUACUAGUAAUAAUAAUAAUAAUAGUAAUAGUUAUAUGCUAUCGGUAGUACACUGUGAUAUGACUGCUGUACAAAUUACCGAUUGGCUAUGUCAGUCAAAUUUUGAAAAUCUUGUGGAAACAUUUAAAAAUUUUACAGGUCGUGAUAUGCUUCGCCUAGCAAAAGAAGAUUUAUUGUCAAUAUGUGGAUCAUUGGAGGGUUUACGGUUGUAUAAUUCACUAUACAAUAAACCUACUGUUCCACGAUGUACACUGUACAUGUGCCUCAAAGGAGAGAUAAUUUAUCAUGCUGUUAUGCUGUAUGAAAUGACUACACAUGAAUUACACAGUCGAAUAGCCUCGAUCCUGUCUUGUCGUCAAGAUCAUAUCAAGAUAAUAUGCCUUAUUGCGGAGAAUGAUAUUCCUGUACUCUUAACCGAUGAGCUAAUUGUUCAGCUAAAGGAUAAAAGUAUCUAUCAGAUUGGAGUUAAUCGAAUCUGUAAUAAUAAUAAUAAUAAUAACAAGAUACUGUUAGCUGAUCGCCUUCAUACAAGUUUACACUGUUUAACGUUUUACACAUUCAGAGAAAUGCUCAAAUCUCUAAUCUCCUUCAGCACUAUAAGCACUAUCACAAUCUUAUUAGUAUUGUUGUUAUGUGAAGGAAGUCGUGGAGAUACACCAGCCAACUGUACUUAUUCGGAUGCAAUUGGUCAUUGGGUAUUUUAUGUAGGCGAUUACCAGUCGAAAUGCUCCAGUAAAUUUAAGCAUAAAAAGGUUGUCACUAUGCACCUACAAUAUCCAGAUAUUGUUACUGAUUCCUAUGGGAAUACGGGGAAAUGGACUAUGAUAUAUAAUCAGGGCUUCGAAAUUAUUAUCAAUCAUAGAAAAUGGUUAGUUAUGUUUCACUAUGAGAAGAAAUCCAAGUUCAAUUGUCAUCAAUCUAUGCCUAUGUGGACACAUGAUACAUUAAUUCGUCAAUGGUAUUGCUUCACUGCUUUCAAACAUGGUAAGACUGAAAGCCAAAUGAAUUACUCACUGUCUGGUGAAGAAAUUGACGAAAACAGAAUGUACCCAGUUGAUCCCGCCUUUGUGGAUGAAAUCAAUAGACAACAGAACUCUUGGAAAGCAAAAAUAUAUCCAGAAUAUUCAACCUAUACAAUUGAAGAAAUGAGACGUCGAGUUGGUGGAGCAGCGUCUGUAUAUUCAAGAUCAUCAUCCAUACGUGAACUAAAGAAGGAUCUUACAGCGGAAAUGAUAUCAGCUAUUCAACGCUUACCUAGUGAAUUCGAUUGGCUCCAUCCACCUAAAGGUCUCCGUAGUCCAGUAACGCCUGUUCGUAGUCAAGGCAAUUGUGGUAGUUGUUAUGCAUUUGCAUCGACUGCUGCAGUUGAGGCUCGUUUGCGUUUAGUGAGUAAUUUCACGCUUCAACCUAUUCUAUCACGUCAAGAUAUCCUGGACUGUAGUCCAUAUUCACAAGGUUGUGAUGGAGGCUUUCCUUAUUUAAUCGCCGGCAAAUAUGCUGAAGACUUCGGCAUGGUUACGGAGAAGUGCAAUCCAUAUACUGAAAAACAAAGAAGUCAAUGUAAAACAAGUAAACAUUGUGAACGAUACUAUACAACCAACUAUGCCUAUCUUGGUGGUUAUUAUGGUGCAACAAAUGAAGAAAUUAUGAGAUUGGAAUUAGUUCAGAAUGGACCAUUUCCUGUUGCAUUUGAAGUGUAUAAGGAUUUUUUGUUUUAUGAAUCAGGUGUAUACCGACAUACAAAAAUUGAAAAUCAACAUUAUCCAUUCAAUCCAUUCGAGUUAACUAACCAUGCUGUAUUGCUAGUUGGUUAUGGUGUUGACAAGAAGACAAAUCUACCCUAUUGGAAGAUUAAAAAUAGUUGGGGUGAGCAAUGGGGUGAAAAUGGAUUCUUCCGAAUACUACGUGGUUCAGAUGAAUGUGGUGUUGAAAGUCUUGCUGUUACAUUUGAUGUUGUAUUUUAAUGUGAAGAAAGCGAAAAUUGUACGCUUAUAAUAUAAUUAAAGAAAGCAGAUUAAAUGGAAGAACG